AUGUGUUUAUAUACUCAUUCUGUGUAUCUUUUUUUAUCUGCAUUUAAUUUUGGUCAGUUAAAAAUAAAGAAAAACUAAGACUUUAUGGCCCACAAUGCAAACGUCAACUGCCUAGCUCUUGGUCACAAGUCAGGCCGAGUUCUAGUGACAGGUGGAGAUGAUAAGAAAGUCAAUCUGUGGGCAGUUGGUAAGCAGAGCUGUUUUAUGAGCUUAAGCGGACACACUACGGCCGUGGAUUGUGUUCAAUUUAAUCAAUUAGAAGAACUUGUGUGUGCAGGAUCAAGGGCGGGAGCUCUUAAAGUAUGGGAUUUGGAAGCUGCUAAACUUGUAAGGACAUUGAAUGGCCAUAAAUACGCAAUAAAAUGUAUAGAUUUCCAUCCAUAUGGAGACUUUUUGGUCUCUGGAAGCGCCGAUAGCAGUAUUAAAAUGUGGGAUACAAGAAAGAAAGGUGUUCUAUUCACUUAUAAUGGACAUAAGGGUACUGUCAAUAGCGUAAAAUUUAGUCCUGAUGGCCAGUGGAUAGCAACCGGAGGAGAAGAUUCAAUUCUGAAAAUCUGGGACCUUCGAGUUAGCCGAGUCCUCAAAGAAUUUAAAGACCACAUGAACCCCGUAACCUGUGUCGAAUUCCAUCCACACGAAUUUCUCUUAGCCAGUGGUAGCAUCGAUAGAUCUGUAAAUUAUUUCGAUUUAGAAAACUUCAACUUAGUAUCAACGGAGAGUGAUGUGGGAGCGGUCAGAUGUUUGACUUUCAAUCCCGAUGGGGAAUGCCUUUUUGCCGGGACGAGAGAUUAUCUGAAGAUCGUUGGAUGGGAACCUAACAGAUUGUAUGACUCCGUGCCAGUCUACUGGGGUAGAGUUACUGAUGUUUCGGUGGCAUCAAAUCAAUUGAUUGGUGCCUCCUUCCAUCUCACCAAUGUCCAGGUAUACGUAGUAGAUCUUAAGAAAUGCAAACCCUUCAGUUCUUCAUCGGUGUUAGAUUCACAAACUGGGCCCUUUACGCCGAACCAAAACAUUAGGAAAAGUUUUUCAAAGGCUGAAAGACCACCAAGUUUGAAAUCAAGGAUGUUAGAUGUGAAAACAAUAGAAGAAAGCACGUCUGGAACUGAUCCAGAAGAAGAAUCAACCGCUGAUAUCACGAAUGUGAAGGACUAUAACGAAAUAUUUAGAGGUAGAUCAAUACAAAGGACGCCGCCACCCGAACCAGAGCCAUUUCAAGAACCGGAAAAAGAUGAUAUUUUAGAACCUCAAAUUUUAGGAAGCAUUAUUACGGAGAAUUUUGAAGCUCUCUCUUUAGAUAAUGAUUUAAAUAAUUACAAAAAUUCUAAUAUACAAUUAAACACGAAUCAUUAUUCGAGGUCUAAAUCAAAUCUAGAUCAGGUUUAUGAAAAUAGACAGCAAAGGGAUAAUAGAGAAAAUAUAUUACCCAAUAUAAAUAGGACAAAACCUGCAGCUAAAUUCGUAUUACAGAGGCAGAGUAGUUGUAAGGAUGUACCCGAAAAACCUCCGAAGCCUACAAGUAAUAUCAAACACAGUGUUUCAGAAGCAAAUAUUAAUAAAGGUUCCCUCUCGUCGAGGGCGUCCUCCAGAAAAAAUUCUUUUUCAAAACCUAGUCGUAAUUCUACAAGUGUUCCUAACGUUUCGAAGGUGCCUAAUUCCAACAGUGCCAGGAGUUCUGUAGUCAAAUCCAAUACCCUUCCUCAAGUAGACGUAUACGUGAACUCAGCAAGAGUUAGUCCUGAGGAACCCACCGGAGGAAACGAAAACGUGUUUGUUCCAGUUUCAAUUGAUCGCCCUGUGGGAUUGGAUAUGGACGAUUUCUUACCAAAGAACUACUCCUCUCCAGGUUUUCAACAACAACUUCCAGACAUGUCAGAAGCUGAAGUAUUGGGCGUGAUCAUGCGUGGACAUGAUCCGAUUAUGGAUAUAUUAAACACUAGGAAAAGAAGUUUAAGAUUAGUACUUACCCAAUACAGAAGUAAGGACAUGAAAACUGCUGUGGAAUCUGCGGUAGCUAUGGGAGAUGUUGCAGUUUUAGUAGAUCUUUUAGGUGUUAUCAAUACAAAAUACUCUUUGUGGAAUCUCGAUCUGUGUGUUUUGGUAUUACCGAAAAUUUUAGAAUUAUUGCAAAGCAAGUAUGAAGCGUACUUAACAGUCGGCUGUAACACGCUCAAAUUCAUUCUUCGACACUUUGGAGAUACGAUACGUAACAACGUCCAUUCGCCGGUUGGUAGCUUCGGUGUUGACAUCAGUCGAGAGGAAAGAUACCAGAAGUCGGUGAGAUGCCAUGAGUUUUUUACAGAAAUUCGAUCUUUUGUUGUUAAAAAACAGACAUUGCCAGGUAUAGGAACGUCUUUCAAAGAAAUCCAUAAGAUGAUCCAGACUGUUUUCGACUGACAAAGACGACCGCCGAAAAAUGCGUUAGUCAAAUUCAAAAAUACGAGUUUAUGAAAGUGAAUUUUUCUUCUUGAAGAAUUGUUCGGAAAGUGGCUCAUAUUUUCUUGUGCCUGAAUCUGAAUGGAGCGAAAUAAUUAGAGAACAGAAUAUUAGUUCUGAAUGUCACACUUAUUACACUGGAGAGUCUCAUAAUUAACCAUAUCAGAUAACUAAUAACAAAUACUUG